AUGACCCGGAGGAGAUACAUCAAUCGUCUCCGGCAGAUCAAGAACAUGAGCGAGCUGGCAUCGAUCGAGAGCAUCUUCAAGUUGUUCUUCUACGACGAGGCCCUCAUCGAGUACAACUACAACGGCUUUUGCAACAGCCGUCGGGCCAAGAAGCGUGCGAUGAAGAACUAUGACAUCUUUACAAGUUGUUUUCUCGAGGCCUGGAAGCUGCACGGCGUUGACGAGGACGCGAUUCGUCUAAUGCUGUGCAAGGUUGUUCGCAACGUUCACGGACGCAACCGUUUUCGCCGCUUCAAAGAUCGCAAGCGAGAACAGGAAAUGAGCGAAAGUUAUGCCUAUUUGGAGGAAGAUUAUUCUCAAUAAAUAUUCGUCGAUAUAA